GCAUGGACCCCGACGCGGUGGUGCAGUGCCCGUACGACCGGAACCACCAGGUGCGCGAGUCCCGCCUGCCCUAUCACCUGGUGCGCUGCCAGCAGAACAACCCGCAGGUGUCGCGCACCUUGGCCACGUGUCCCUUCAACGCGCGCCACCGCGUCCCGCGCGCGCUCCUGCGCGCCCACGUGGCCUCGUGCCCCGACAAACUGCCGCUGGAGCUGCCGCCAGACCCCGAGGAGGGACAUGGCCAAGACUGCCCACACCUGGCAGCCCCCCCCGUGCCAGGAGGACUGGGACGCAGAGCUGAGCGAGCUGGAGCUGGAGGAGCCGCCCCCGUUCAUCCUCCAGGUCACCAAGGGGGGACCUGCCCGUCCCCUGCCACAGGCCCGACCCCGCCGCGCCCCCGGAGGGGCUGGCGCUGAGGAAGCCGCGGCCGGCGACAGCGGCACCGCACUUGGGGACAGCGGGGACCGCGCUUGGGGACAGCCGGACCGCGCUUGGGGACA